CAGUUGCAUAAAGAACACAGAUGAGAGCUUUCAUUCCCUGCUAAAAAGGAUGCCAUAUCUCCACCAGUGAUUCCCUCCUGCGGGUCUCUUUCUCAGUCAUUUUGAGGUUGGCCUAAUUGAAGACUGAGGUUAUGAAGUCGAUUCUAGAUGGCCUUGCAGAUACUACCUUCCGCACCAUCACCACAGACCUCCUCUACGUGGGCUCGAAUGACAUUCAGUACGAAGACAUCAAAGGUGACAUGGCAUCCAAAUUAGGGUACUUCCCGCAGAAAUUUCCUCUCACUUCCUUUAGGGGAAGUCCCUUCCAAGAAAAGAUGACUGCAGGAGACAACCCCCAGUUGGUCCCAGCAGACCAGGUGAACAUUACAGAAUUUUACAACAAGUCUCUCUCAUCCUACAAAGAGAAUGAGGAGAACAUCCAGUGCGGGGAGAACUUCAUGGACAUGGAGUGCUUCAUGAUCCUGAACCCCAGCCAGCAGCUGGCCAUCGCCGUGCUGUCCCUCACCCUGGGCACCUUCACGGUUCUGGAGAACUUGCUGGUGCUCUGCGUCAUCCUCCACUCCCGCAGCCUCCGCUGCAGGCCUUCCUACCACUUCAUUGGCAGCCUGGCGGUGGCAGACCUCCUGGGAAGCGUCAUUUUUGUCUAUAGCUUCGUUGACUUCCACGUGUUCCACCGCAAAGAUAGCCACAACGUGUUUCUAUUCAAACUGGGCGGGGUCACAGCUUCCUUCACUGCCUCCGUGGGCAGCCUGUUUCUCACGGCCAUUGACAGGUACAUAUCUAUUCACAGGCCCCUGGCCUAUAAGAGGAUUGUCACCAGGCCCAAAGCCGUGGUGGCAUUUUGCCUGAUGUGGACCAUAGCAAUCGUGAUCGCUGUGCUGCCUCUUCUGGGCUGGAACUGCAAGAAACUGAAAUCAGUUUGCUCAGACAUUUUCCCACUCAUUGAUGAAACCUACCUGAUGUUCUGGAUCGGGGUCACCAGCGUGCUGCUGCUGUUCAUCGUGUAUGCGUACAUGUACAUCCUCUGGAAGGCCCACAGCCACGCCGUCCGCAUGAUUCAGCGCGGCACUCAGAAAAGCAUCAUCAUCCACACGUCCGAGGAUGGCAAAGUACAGGUGACCCGGCCGGACCAAGCCCGCAUGGACAUUAGGUUAGCCAAGACCCUGGUCCUGAUCCUGGUGGUGUUGAUCAUCUGCUGGGGCCCUCUCCUUGCCAUCAUGGUGUAUGACGUCUUCGGAAAGAUGAACAAGCUCAUUAAGACGGUGUUUGCAUUCUGCUCUAUGCUCUGCCUGCUGAACUCCACCGUGAACCCCAUCAUCUAUGCUCUGAGGAGCAAGGACCUGAGACAUGCUUUCCGGAGCAUGUUCCCCUCAUGUGAAGGCACUGCACAGCCUCUGGAUAACAGCAUGGGGGACUCGGACUGCCUGCACAAACACGCAAACAAUGCAGCCAGCGUUCACAGGGCUGCGGAGAGCUGCAUCAAGAGCACGGUCAAGAUCGCCAAGGUAACCAUGUCUGUGUCCACAGACACGUCUGCUGAGGCUCUGUGAGCCUGACGCCUCCCUGGCAGCACAGGAAAAGAAAUCCUUUUUUUUUUUUUCCUUAAAGCUCAAGAUCUAGAAGAGUCCAUUGUCUCAUCGGUUAUAUUUUUUUAAGUUUACCAUGCUCAGUGAAAAGGUGAUUGUCACCGUGGUCAUUUAUCAGUUUGCUAAUGUUUCAAUAGUUUAGGUACUCAAACUCCAUUCUCCAGGGGUUUACAGUGAAGAAAGCUUGUUGCUUAAGUGACUGAACGGUCCUUCAAAGUCUCCAUGAAAUAGGAAGGAAACCUUUGGCUACACAAUUUGAAGUGUAAGUACCCAUAGAAAAAUAUCAUCAAAUGAGUAAUGCCUUUGUAACCACAACUUUCAUUAUAAUGUGAAAUGUAUCUGUCCAUAGUAUCAGAGAUGUCCAUUUUUACAACAGUAAUAGUACUGAAGUAGAGAUAUUUUGUAAAAUGUGUUGUGUCCUGUGAGAUGUGUAUCAAUGUUUAUAUUAUGUUAUUUAUAUUUGUCUAAUUCAGCAAAACUGAAAGGUAGAUUUUUAUGAGAACAAUGGAACACACAAGCAGUGGAUAUAUGCCAAUGAGACUCCUUUUUUUCUAUAUUAUUGCCCAUGAUACAACUUUAGAAACCUUAAUAUUUCUUCAGAUAUCUCUAUUUGACACUGAAAUAACCAUAAAGAUUUAUUUUUCUGUUAAUACGACAAGAAGAAUUUGAAGACUUCAAAGUAUGAGCAGAAUUCAUUGCCACUUACAAAUUUAUUAGUCCUGCAUUUUCAUAGGAGGACAUUUAUUAUCUUCUGGACUGUAGCUGUUCUGUUGAGUAAUGGAUUACAAUCAGAAAGGAAGAGAGAAAGCAUAUUGACUUUUUUUGGGUGACAUCUCUGACUUUCUUUAGUCUUUAGCUAUUACUGGAUCUCUUAAGACAGCAUGUGUCAAUCUUAAUGUAUAUUGUUACCACUGUGCAGUUGCUGUUAACUUGAAGAGUAUUGUAUUCUUAUAUUCCAGGUUUAAGUAGAUUUCAUGCCUGGGUGGCCAAACAACAGUCUUCUGUUUUUUGGGUUUUUUUUAAUUGAAAAGUAUUGUCUGGAUCAGUAAAAUUAUACUGUGUGUGAAUGUGAAUAUAAAUGUGUGUAUGUGUGUAUUUCUAUCCUGUAACUGUUACAGUAAUGUCAUAAAGUGAGAAAACUGUGACCAAGUGUAAACUGUAUCACUUGCUGCACUCUUGCACAUGAAUUCAGUUUCUAAAAUUGAGUUCUUCCAGAAAUCUUGUUGACAGGAAUAGUGACUAUGACCAUUCAGAAAAUUCCCAUCCCCAAUCCUCCUUAAGAGAUUGGGUCAAGUAUUACUAAAUUGAUCUUUAGGUAUUACAUGAGACCAGUGUUUAGCAAGGAAUAAUCAAUGACAGACAUUCAAAAAAAAAAGGCUUGUAUUUAUAAUGUUAUUAUUGGGAAAUGAGAGUGUUUU